AUGCCACUCCUUCAAACCUUCCUCACCGCUCUUACACUCCUUCCGUCCAUUUCCCUGGCUGUGGCUCCUGCCCAAGUUCCACAAUAUGGAAAAGGCCUUGGGUUCAUUAGCAACCUCGACAACCUCUACCCUCAACCCACCGGCGACUGGCUCACAUCAACGUUAUGCUACUGCCAUUCACCCAUCCACGCCAAAGAGAAGUGGCAGUACGAGAAAGCCCAUAUCUUCCAACACGAAUACUACAACUACCACUCCAACGCCACAUUUAUUGUCGAUCACAUGUGCCUAUCUCGGGCGCACACGGAAGGAGAUCAAUGCAACAGACCUAACGUUGGUGGGGACAAUAACGAUUGGCUCAUGCAGAAGCGCUACGUAUGCAAGGAUUUUCCGCGGACAGAGGAGGAAAAGGUACGGCAAGCGAAUUCGAAGCGGAGUACCAGGAGAGGGAAGCGAGCGGAGCCCAUCGCCCAGCACAUGGUUAGUUGCGUGCAAGACUGCGAUCCUGGGGCAUACGCUCCUGAUGCGCCAGAUCCGUCUCCUCACCCCAAAUUUGACAGAGUAUGCUUUGGUGUGGACACGGAUUUUUACGGCAUGGACGAGAUGGAGUUGAAGUUCAAUAGGCAGCAUCGGAAGAUGGAGUCGCCAGGCCAGCAAGGCAGGGUGCAGACAGAGUUUGAGGAGGUGCAGGGGUAUUGCGAGGACAUGUGCCAGAGCAUGUUUAAGAUGCCGGUGGACAUGAAGAUCAACGACAAAAGGGCGGGAGGUGGAAGUCGGCAAUUUCUGUACACAUCGCUGGAUGAUAUGUGUGACCAUUGCAAGUGA